UCAUGCCGUUCGUCCACGUGACAAGCAAUGUACCCAAGACCGAUGUAGAUGUCCCCAAGGCGCUGCGUGCGCUUUCUAACGCCUUGUCGGACGCUCUGGGGAAGCCUGAGGCCUACGUGAUGGUGCAGCUGGACCUGGAUAUGCCUAUGAUCUUCCAGGCUUCCGACGCUCCGUGCGCCUUCAUUCACAUUCGCAGUAUUGGCCGUAUCGGACCCGACCUCAACCCCAAGACAGCUGCAUCUCUGACCGCCACGGCGGCUAAAGCGCUCAAACUCCCUUCGGACCGAGUCUUCCUCAACCUGGACGACCUGGACGCUACCAACUGGGGCAUGGCUGGUAACAUUCUCGGUUAAACAGUGAGCCUCCAAUCCUGGUUAGUGAAGGUGAGCCAGCUAACCAAAAUAGUAGUACUGUUUAGACCAUGUA